AUGUCUGUCACACUUCAUACUACCCAAGGUGACCUCAAGGUCGAGCUCUUCUGCGAAGCAGUCCCGCAAACUGCAGAGAACUUCCUCGCCCUGUGCGCAUGCGGCGCAUACAAUGACACGCCAUUCCAUCGCCUCAUCCCCGGCUUCAUGAUCCAAGGCGGAGACAUCUCCCUCGGACCAGCCGCGAAACCCUCGAGCUCCACGAAACCCAUUCUCCCCUUCGAGAUCCCUAAAGGCGGCACCUCCAUAUAUCACCCCUCCGCACUGAACCAAGAGAUUAAUCUCCCGGCACUGAAACACAAUGCGCGCGGUAUUCUCUCCAUGGCUUCUCGCCCCGUCAAGGAUAGGACGGCACCCGGCUCGCAAAAUGCGACUGGCGCAGCCGUAAACGGCAGCCAAUUUUUCAUUGCCUUUGCGCCAGCAUCGCAUCUUGACGGUGCUAGUACGGUCUUUGGGAAAGUAUUGAACCUAAGUCCCCAAGACGAAGGUGGAGACGUGCUUUCGAAGCUAGAGAAGGCCAAUGCCAAGGUUGACAAGAAGGGCAAGGUUUCCCAGCCGAAGGAGGGGGAUGAAUUUGAGGCCCUGCGCAUCAACCGAGUCACAAUUCACGCGAACCCCUUUGCGAAGUGA